CACCUUUAGCCAAGAAGAGCUGAUAACUACGCACAAGCCACGAAACUGAUAGUGUUCUGCUGGUCGGACUUUCCCCGCCACCCUUUGCUUUACUAUUCUCGAAGGAACUAUUUCCCUUGCCCCUCCCCUCAGCUUCUUCCAACGGUAAAGCUUAUGCGGGGGGAUUUUGCGUAAAACAAAAAAAGAAGAGCCACCGCGAAAGGAUCUAGGCAUGGUGAUUUGGUUCCAUGCCGAGCAUGCGCAGAAGGAGCGCGGAGUAGGCCCAGCCUGAGGAGGCGGCGGGCGCCGGAAAGCGGAGGAAGAGCGCCCACGACCACCACAGUGAAAGAGAGGCUGAGAAAAAGCAUUGAAUCCUGCACUUGCCAUCUGACAUGGUAUAGCCCACUCUAUUUCCCGUUCUACUCACCUGCUCCUGGCAUAGAGCGGGGCCUAAGUUCAUAGUAGUGAGAAAACUCAAACCACGGCUUCCUGGUUCGAAGUGAAAUCUCUUGCAGUGGAAUUCUUUACUUGUCUCCUCAAAAGUUUUUCAAGAUGACGCAAUUCUUGCCCCCAAAUUUGUUGGCACUAUUUGCCCCCCGUGAUCCUAUACCCUACCUACCUCCUCUGGAGAAACUACCCCAUGAAAAGCACCACAAUCAGCCCUACUGUGGUAUUGCCCCCUACAUCCGAGAGUUUGAGGACCCCCGUGAUGCUCCUCCACCUACUCGUGCAGAGACGCGGGAGGAACGAAUGGAACGGAAGAGGCGAGAGAAGAUUGAGCGCCGGCAACAAGAGGUUGAGAGUGAACUGAAGAUGUGGGAUCCUCACAACGAUCCCAAUGCUCAAGGAGAUGCCUUUAAGACCCUAUUUGUGGCCAGAGUUAAUUAUGAUACAACAGAAUCCAAGUUGAGGCGGGAAUUUGAAGUUUAUGGCCCUAUCAAAAGAAUCUACAUGGUGUACAAUAAGCACUCCGGCAAGCCACGUGGCUACGCCUUCAUUGAAUAUGAACAUGAGCGUGACAUGCACUCGGCAUACAAGCACGCCGAUGGGAAAAAAAUUGAUGGCAGGCGGGUGCUGGUAGAUGUAGAGAGAGGCCGCACGGUGAAGGGAUGGCGCCCACGCAGGCUUGGUGGUGGUCUCGGUGGCACCCGGCGAGGCGGUGCUGAUGUCAAUAUCAGACAUUCCGGCCGGGAUGAUACCUCCCGAUAUGAUGAACGGGAUCGCGACCGUGAACGGGAGCGUGAUCGCCGAGACCGCAGCCGAGACCGGGACAAGGAGCGGGAACGCCGUCGCAGCCGAUCCCGAGAGCGCCGACGGCGGACACGGAGCCGAGAGAAAGAUGAACGGAAACGCAGUCGGGAACGCAGCAAGGAUAAAGACCGAGAGCGCAAGCGUCGUAGCCGUUCCAGGGAUCGCAAGCGGGAUCGGGACCGUGACAGAGACAAGAAGGAAGAGCUGCCAGAAGUGGGUGAUGCCCAGCCUGAUGAGGCCACUCUUGGCGAGAUGGGUGUAGAUGGGCUGGAGGUGAAGCCUGAAGGGGGGGAAGAGAAGGGCAGGGACAGGGACCGGGACAGAGACAGGGAUAGAGAGAGGGAUCGGCGACGCAGUCAUCGUGACAAAGACAGAGACAGGGAUCGGGACAGAGAACGUCGUCGUGAUAGGGACAGAGAUAGGGACAGAGAUCGUGAGCACAAGCGUGAGCGGGGUGAGCGGGGAGGGGAGAAACGGGAAGACAGGGGGCAGGACAAUGGCAUGGGAGAGGCCUUGGAAGAAACCAGCCAGGACAUGUUCCUGGACCAGGAAUCCAUGCAGUCGGCUGAUGGCUACUUGUCCACUGAGAAUGGAUACAUGAUGGAGCCUCCACUGGAGUGAUGAAUGGAGACACUUCCUUGCCCCAUUGUGGUCCAACCAGGUGAGGAUCUGCCUCCUAGGCUGCCUAACCAAUGAGGCCCCAUCAGCCAGUUGAUAUAAUUGUUUUUAACUGGUUUUGUUUAGAAGGGUAAGUCUGUUUCAGUUCUGCCUGUCCUACCCCAUUUCUUCUUAAAAUGUAACCUUCCACCGAUUCCUUGUGUAUUUGGAUAUUUUUCUUUAAACAAGAAUAAAGUGGUGUUAAUGUUUUCUUCUCCA